ACAUGGCACUGUCGUGUUAAGAGGAAUCCGCUUUUGCUUCCUUUUUCGCUAGAAGUUUGGAACUCAUUGUUGAAGUUCGGUGUAAAGGUCACUCUAAACUGCUGCUGUCAGGCUGUUUCACGUACAUGAUUAAGAGAUCAAACGUUUUCUGUAGACUAUAGUUUCUAUUGCGGAGAAAGUUAGCUAGUAGGCUAUCCAGCUAGCUAAUUCCGCGCAUGUGCAUUGUGUUUUUUGGUCUUCGGGGACUUAUCUCGACAGAAUAGGUUUUGUUCUGAGUCUUUGUAAAAGUUCAGUUUGCAUAAAUAGCGGGCAGAGGACAAGGCCAAACAAAGACAUCAAAGUUACUAGCAGUGAGGUACGAAGGCUUCCCCCAAUCAAGGCAGACCUAGCUGCGCAUUUCUACAUGUGAUUGUUGUCUGGUGAGGUAGCUGUGGUUAAAGAUGAGGCUGAGCGGUGUGUUGGUGUGUGUGAUCCUGCUUUGGGUUGAAGGGUCGUGGGGUGACACACCUGCCAACUGCACCUAUGAGGACCUGCUGGGGACUUGGGUGUUCCAGGUGUCCACGGGUGGACACGACAAGACCAUCAACUGCUCCGCUCAAGCUACAGGUGAGAGCACAGUGACCGUGACCCUGGACAAACUGUCGGUAGCCACAGAUGAGCUGGGGAACACCGGCUUCUUCACCCUCAUCUACAACCAGGGUUUUGAAGUGGUCAUUAAUGGAUACAAAUGGUUCGCCUUCUUCAAGUACACUGAAGAAGGCCCUAAGGUGACCAGCUACUGUGACCAGACCCUGCCAGGGUGGGUGCAUGAUGUCCUGGGUCACAACUGGGCCUGUUUUGUAGGGAAGAAGGUGAAGUCAGUACCAUCUCACUCAUACUACAAGCCAGUCUACAGCAGCAGGCUGCUCCAGAAGCCGUACAAACACAACCCGGACUUUGUGAAUUCCAUUAACUCUGUUCAGAAAUCCUGGAGAGCCACUGCCUACCUUGAGCAUGAGAUGUACACUCUGCAGGAGCUGCACUACAGGGCAGGAGGUCCUGCCUCCCGGAUCCCCAUGCGUGUGCGUCCCAUGCCUGUGACAGCUGAAGUGGCAAAGAUGGCGGCCGCUCUGCCUGAGCGCUGGGAUUGGAGAAAUGUUAACGGCGUUAACUUUGUCAGCCCUGUGCGAAACCAAGCAUCAUGUGGUAGCUGCUACUCCUUUGCUUCUAUGGGAAUGCUGGAAGCUCGCAUUCGAAUCCUCACUAACAACAGUGAGAGCCCCAUCCUCAGCCCGCAGCAAGUGGUCUCCUGUUCUGAAUAUUCUCAAGGUUGUGACGGAGGGUUCCCAUACCUGAUUGGGAAGUAUGCGCAGGACUUUGGGAUCGUGGAUGAGUCAUGCUUCCCGUAUGUUGGAAAGGACUCCCCGUGUGGCGUUCCUCAGAACUGCGUUCGCAUGUACACUGCACAGUACAAUUAUGUCGGUGGGUUUUAUGGCGGCUGCAGUGAAAUGGCUAUGAUGUUGGAUCUGGUCAAAAAUGGACCCAUGGCAGUUGCUUUUGAGGUUUAUCCUGACUUCAUGCACUAUAAAGAGGGCAUCUACCACCAUACGGGCCUGGCAGACCCCUUCAACCCCUUUGAGCUCACCAACCAUGCUGUGCUGCUGGUGGGCUAUGGCCGCUGCCACAUGACCGGACAGAAGUACUGGAUUGUGAAGAACAGCUGGAGCACCAACUGGGGCGAGGAUGGCUAUUUCCGAAUUCGCCGUGGGAGUGAUGAGUGCGCCAUUGAGAGCAUUGCAGUCGCAGCCAAUCCCAUUCCCAAACUGUAGAAACAAGAAAGUCCGAUUGCAGUGGAGCUGAUGUGAAUUUGAUUCUCAAAAGUGCAACUUGAAAUCAAUCUCUGAUCAGUCUAACAGUUUUUAUUCCACAAUAAAUCUCAAAUCUGAUUUUUCACAGCAGGUUACAUCAUACGCCUAAUGGGUAGCACUCAACAGGCCUUUGCUUCUAAUCAAACAAGUGGUGUCAGCUAGACCUGUAGGGGACCUGAUGACAAUUUUGAAAAAAAAAAUGGACAAAGAUUUUUUUUUUUAAGAUAACUGCAUUGGGUGUUGGAUGAGUUGGGCAGAUGUCCAGUAUUGAAGACAAGUGGGACAUAAGGUUCAGUUGUAUGCCUAAAUAAUAAAAUGACAUGUUUAUAGCACCUCAAAUGAUUGGAGUUGAAGGUACACAUUAAUUCUGAGUUUUGACAUCCAUGUUUUCUACAUACACUAUACCAAAGUCCUGUCAAACUGAAACUACCACAAAUUUCUAGUUUGCUGUGCUUUUUGAUUUGCUGCCCGUGGUUGAAUUGAUUUCAAGCUCAAUCUGCCAAAACAAAAGGACCGCUGCUUGCUGUUACAAAUCAUGGUAGUUUGUUAUUGAAAGUUUAAGGGAACUGACAGCUGAAGGGAUUGUUAGCUUGUCAGGCGCACAACCUUGAUUCAUUGUCUCAGGGAAUCAGUGAAGAGAUUUUCUGUUUUGUUUCUUUUUUGCCACAUAUUAAAGCCUCGACUGCCAUGUCUCUCGGUGGACUAAAUUCAAGGGAUAUUUGAUCAAUGGAAUAAAGGGAUCUGGCUGGCUGAUUGUAGUGCCUUUUAUUUUCACUCCAUGUUAGAAAAGUGUUGCCAUUGCAUUGUGAAAUUUUCACUUUUGGAUAAAAUGUACAAAAUAAAAAUUAUUCAGAAGAAUAA